AUGAACAAACCGGAUAUGAAUAAUUUUUUAUGCCAAUUUGAUUUUUCAUCAUUGCAAGAGUUAGAUCCAUGUUUAGUUGAUGGAUAUAAUUUAUCUUACAGCAAAGAAGUUCCUUUUGAAAUAAGAAUGCAGGAACAUGAAAGUAAACCUCAGGAAGUAGGUUCCUUAGAUGUUAUAUGUGUAAAUAUAUUCGUUCUAGGUGAUGAAUUAAAUGCUCAAAGUAUUAAAAUUGUGUUGACUAGCGAAACAGACUUAUUCUUUCACUUCACACAGACAGUAAAUGAAAACGAUUUUGAACAUAUGCAAAAUAAUCAAAAACUUAUGAUCAAUUUUUCUGAAUACUUACAAGUUUUAAUAAAAAUGUUUAAUUCUUGUAUUAAAGAUCCACAAAGUUUUCUAGCUAUUUUUACAAUAAAGCAGAAUGGAAUAGCUCAACUUGAAUUCAUAAAAAAUAUGGAAUACAAAUUUAUUGAAUUAUUGGUGUGCCAAUUUAUUAAAUCAUCUGACGAAAUUACAAAGGAGAAUAUAACAUAUAGAUACAAUGUAAUUAAAUCAAAAAAUGGUAUAAUGUAUAAUAGGCUAAAGGACAUUAGUAUAUUAAUUAAAACAAAAAACCCAUCACUCUUAAUGCAACUUCAAAAAACGGCUAGUAAACAAAUGGAAAUAUUUAGAAAUAAAAAAUAUUAG